AGGGCGGAGGGAGGCGUCAUGGCGGCCGCGGCCAUGGCCGGGCUGGAGCGCUGGGUGUCCGGGCAGCUGCAGGAGCUGCUGGGGCUCAGCGCCCGCCACGUCCCCGCCUUCCUGGUGGCGCUGGCGCGGCGGAGCCGCAGCACCGAGGAGCUGCUGGAGCGGCUGCGGGAGACGGAGGCGCUGCGGGUGGAGGAGCCGCGAGUGCGGGAGUUCGCCAGGGAGCUGUGGGAGAAGGUGCCCCGCGAAGCCCCCCGGGAGCCCCCCGGGCGGGCGGCCGAGCGGGCGGCGCUGGAGCUGCAGCGAAGGUCCCAGAGGUACCAACUGGUGGAGAGCGACGAUGAGGGGGCGGGGCCGGCGCCGGGACACGCCCCCCGCGAGGAGCCACGCCCCCGCCGGAGGAGGGGCCACCUGAGGAGGAGGCGGCGCUCGGAGUCCCCCGAGAGCCCCCCCGGGACCCCCAAGGGCGACAAUGGGGGGUCACCGACAGCCCCCGUGGAUCCCGAGGAGGAGGAGUGGGAGGCGUCGGAGCGGGAGCGGCUCCGGGACCUGGAGGAACGAGACGCCUUCGCCGAGCGGCUCCGGCGCCGCGACAGCGCCCGGAAAACACGCCCCGACUCCAAGGCCUACGAAGAAGCCCAAAAACGCCUCAAAAUCGCUGAGGAGGACCAAAAAACCAUGAUCCCGGAGCUCCGGAAGCGCUCCCGCCGGGAAUACCUGGCCAAGCGGGAGCGGGACAAGCUGGAGGAGCUGGAGCUGGAGAUCCAGGACGAGGAAUUCCUGUUCGGGGAGGAAUCCCUGACGGGCCCGGAGCGCCGGGACCUGGAAUACAAACGGCAGCUCCGGGACCUGGCGCGGGAAUACAAACGGGCCGGGGACAGGGAGCGCCUGGAGAAGAGCUCCAGAUACCACAUCCCGGAGGAGACUCGGGGGAAGGUGGGAAUCCUGGGAUUGGGGGGCCGGGGGGGGGAGGAGGCCCUGGCCCCCCGUGACGAGCAGCAGCGUUGGGAGGAGCAGCGUCUGGGGGCGGCCGUGCUGCGUUUCGGGGCGCGGGACGCGGCCCUGCAGGGCCCCCCCCGGGACUACGAGCUGCUGCUGGAGGAGGAGGAGAUGGUGCAGUUCGUCAGCGCAGCCCACCUCGAGGGAACACACCCCCCCGAGGAGGCCCCCCCGGAGGUGUCGGAGCUGGAAAGGCGCCGGCAGUCGGCCCGGGAGAGCCGCCGGAGCCUCCCCAUCUUCCCGUUCCGGGACGAGCUGGUGGCGGCCGUGGGGCAGCACCAGAUCCUCGUCAUCGAGGGCGAGACCGGCUCGGGCAAAACCACCCAGAUCCCCCAGUACCUGCACGAGGAGGGGUACACGAGGCAGGGGCUGAAGAUCGGGGUGACCCAACCGCGCCGCGUGGCCGCCAUGAGCGUGGCUGCCAGGGUGGCCGUGGAGAUGGGGACAAAGCUGGGCAACGAGGUUGGGUACAGCAUCAGGUUCGAGGACUGCACCUCGGACAGGACGGUGCUCAAGUACAUGACGGACGGGAUGUUACUGAGGGAGUUCCUCACCGAGCCAGACCUGGCCUCCUACAGCGUGAUCAUGGUGGACGAGGCCCACGAGCGGACGCUGCACACGGACGUGCUGUUCGGGCUCAUCAAGGACAUCGCCCGAUUCCGGCCCCAGCUCAAGGUCCUGGUGGCCUCGGCCACGCUGGACACCCAGAGGUUCUCGGCCUUCUUCGACAACGCGCCCGUGUUCCGCAUCCCGGGGCGGCGCUUCCCCGUCGACAUCUACUACACCAAGGCCCCCGAGGCCGAUUACCUGGAGGCCUGUGUGGUGUCGGUGCUGCAGAUCCACGUCACCCAACCCCCCGGGGACAUCCUCGUCUUCCUCACGGGACAGGAGGAGAUCGAGGCGUGCGUGGAGCUGCUGCAGGAGCGCUGCCGCCGCCUGGGCUCGCGCCUGCCCGAGCUGCUGGUGCUGCCCAUCUACGCCAACCUGCCCUCAGACCUGCAGGCCAAGAUCUUCCAGCCCACCCCCCCCGGUGGGCGAGAGGUGGUGGUGGCCACGAACAUCGCGGAGACGUCGGUGACGAUCGACGGCAUCGUCUACGUGCUCGACCCCGGCUUCUGCAAGCAGAAGAGCUACAGCGCCAGGACCGGCAUGGAGUCCCUCGUGGUGACCCCCUGCUCCAGGGCCUCGGCCAACCAGCGUGCAGGCCGUGCGGGCCGGGUGGCCCCCGGGAAGUGUUUCCGUCUCUACACGGCCUGGGCCUUCCAGCACGAGCUGGAGGAGACGCCGGUGCCCGAAAUCCAGCGCUGCGACCUGGGGUCCCUCGUGCUGCUGCUCAAGAGCCUCGGGAUCAACGACCUGAUUCACUUCGACUUCCUGGACCCCCCUCCCCACGAGACCCUGGUGCUGGCCCUGGAGCAGCUCUAUGCCCUGGGGGCCCUCAACCACCUGGGAGAGCUCACCACGCUCGGGCGCCGCAUGGCCGAGCUGCCCGUGGAGCCCAUGUUGGCCAAGAUGAUCCUGGCGUCCGAGCAGUACGGCUGCACCGAGGAGGUGCUGACGGUGGCCGCCAUGCUCUCGGUGAACAACGCCGUGUUCUACCGGCCCAAGGACAAGGUGCUGCACGCCGACAGCGCCCGGGUGGGCUUCCACCUGCCCGGGGGGGACCACCUGGUGCUGCUCAACGUCUACAACCAGUGGGUGGCCAGUGGUCACUCCCUGCAGUGGUGCUACGAGCACUUUGUCCAGGCCCGUUCCCUGCGCCGGGCGCGGGACGUGCGGGAGCAGCUCCAGGGGCUCAUGGAGCGCGUGGAAAUCGCCCCCUCCUCGUGUGGGGGGAACCUGGACCUCGUCAGGAAGGUACCUGGG